AUGUCGUUGAAACCAUUUACCUAUCCAUUGCCUGAAACAAGGUUUCUUCAUGCAGGCAGGCUUGUGUACAAAUUUAAAAUCCGGUAUGGCAACUUCAACAGCACUCCUGGUCUCGACAAUGCUGAAAGUGCUGUCAAGGAGUUAGAGGAAGCGAUUCGAGUAGUCCUUGGAAAUCUCGAUGAUUUACAUCCGUUUUCUACAGACCGCUUCACUAUAUUUCCAUAUUUGAGUAAAUGGGAGAGAGUAUCGAAGAUGAGAUUCAAACGUGACAAUGUCCAUCUUGUGCCUUAUCCCUACAUUUGCACUAUGUAUCUAGAACUCAACUCAUUUCAGAAAAACAUAUUUUGUG